UAAAGUAACCCUUUCUCUCUUGGAGUUGAAUGCACUGUACACUUCAACUUUAAAUGCAGUGUGAUCAAUUAAUUUUAGUUUUACAAAUAUAAUCCCAGAUCUACACCCCAGAAACUGUAUUUGACUUCUAUAACUGAAACGUCAUGUGGGUCUGGUUGCUUUCUGUGGGUAUUUUUGUUUGUUAAUGACAUCAGAUGAUCACUAUUAAGAUUCUUCAGGCGGGGAGAGAAAGUGCAAAAUCCAAUACAGAUAACAAGGCCAGCAAAGUCUGUGACAAACGGGUGUGAAGAUUUUCACCAUUAACAGUACAGAAGAAGUUUUAGGUUUGUAUAUUGGAACAUAUAAAUGAAUCCCGAAGAUGACUGGUCUCCAGUUAAACUUUCGGCCCAUCAUGGAGCCGCUGGGUUUUAUCAAAGUACUGGAAUGGAUUUUUGCAAUCUUUGCAUUUGCUACUUGUGGUGGGUAUAGCGGUAAAAGUGUAAUAUCAAUUUUCUGCAGAGACGGCCCAAAUGCCACUUUGAAUGCCAUUUUCAGUUACCCAUUCAAGUUAAACCAAGUUGUGCUUGUUCAUAGUAAAAUGGAUGUAUGCAAUAGAACUCUACAGGAAGUACACCUAGUUGGAGAUUCCUCCUCAUCUGCAGAGUUCUUUGUUUCCGUGGCUGUCUUUGCAUUUCUUUACUGUAUUGCUGCCCUCGUGCUGUAUGUUGGAUAUUUGCAUGUUUACACUGACUCAAACCGUGGGCCAAUGAUAGACUUCGUCGUGACGUGUCUUUUUGCCUUCUUUUGGCUAGUUAGCUCUUCAGCCUGGGCCCAAGGCCUUGGAAACGUUAAGACUUCUAUAGGUACUGAGGGAAUCCGGAAGACAUUGUCUCUUUGUAAAGAAGAUGGUAUCACGUGUGAUGUUGCAUCAUUUGCUUAUAUGGGAGGCCUGAAUGUCUCCGUGGUGUUUGGCUUUCUGAACUUGAUUCUUUGGGUAGGAAAUGCAUGGUUUGUAUUCAAGGAAACCAGCUGGCACACCCCCCCACAGACAGGCUCCACCACUCAGCCAGACUCAGAAAGUGUGUCUGCACCGCCACGGAUGUAGGUCACAUUGGGAAAUGAAGAGCAAGACCUCCAAAUUAUUGUUUAAAAAACAACCUCAUGCAGUCUGUGUAAUACUAUGCAACACGUCACAGUGUAGUGUAUUUAAAGAGUUGUGUCGUCUGCUCUGCUGUUAACCCUUUUGUGGCAGAGAAGGGGAAGAAACAAAUAUACAUCAGGUGUACAUUUCUGAAAGAGUUAAAAAUGAGUUUCUUAUGAAUAUGUUGGGAAACAUAACUGAUGUAAGUUUCAAUGUACUCACCAUUGUAACGUAAGUCUUUCUAAAAGUCUUUACCUAAAACUUAAACGUUCACUACAUUAUUAUUGUUUGUGAUUUAUGAGCAUUUUUUUAUUGGACCAUUCAGAUUUACUUGACUGUUCUUUGUUGCCUUUUGAAGUUUGAAAAACGUGCAUGUAUUGUCAUGUGAAAGCAGCUGUUUUGCAUAGUAAUUUUAAUAUACUCUCGCUUAAUAAGUGCUUGCUUUGUCAGUAUUUCAUGAAACAGCUUUGCAGAAUUGUUAUAUUUUCUAAGAAGAAGAAAACAAAUCUUGUAUAGAGUAGUAUGUUACAGAAAUAGAUGCACCAAAAUUUAAAAUUAAAUAUUGUGAAUCUUGGCAUAUUGUGUUUUUUUGGUUCCACUAGGCUGUGCUGAAUUUGUUCUGUAAAAAGCCGAUGAGCAGUUUUUGGGUUCAUGUGUAGCUAUUUUUGAUUUCUUUAUAUUUACUCAUGUCACUUUCUGGUUUAUUGCCUAUUGCGCCUGGAAAAAAGUGUCUGCAGAGGUUGUAAAAAUACAUAUAAAUCUGUUAUGUAUUAAA